UAUAAAUUUGAUGAUUUCCAAACAGCCAAAAACACAGAACCGCACAAAGUGGAAAGUUGUGGAGGUAUAAAUAGUAAAAGCUGUCGGAGAGAUGCCAAGUCAAGUUCUAAAAGCAGGAACCAGACCGCCAUGGGUGGGCUUGGCAGCAGCAGUUUGGGUCCAAAUAGCGGCAGGUAAUGCCUACAACUUCCCACUCUACUCUACUCUGCUGAAAUCCGUUCUUGGUUUCAAUCAGCAGCAGGUGACAUUACUUGGAGUGGCCAAUGAUAUUGGAGAAAGUGUGGGGAUUCUUCCUGGUAUUGCCUGCAACAAGAUCCCUCCUUGGGCUCUGCUUUUGGUUGGUACAGUUUGUUGUUUCUUGGGCUAUGGUGUCAUCUGGCUUGCUGUUAGCCAAACUGUUACUGGCUUGCCCUACUGGCUGUUAUUUUUGACACUCUGCAUAGCCACAAAUAGCAAUGCUUGGUUUGGCACGGCUGUGCUUGUGACGAACAUGAGGAACUUCCCUCUCAGUAGGGGCACUGUUGCUGGAAUUCUCAAAGGUUAUGUUGGGAUCAGUGCUGCAGUGUACACUGUCGUAUAUAGUCUGGUGCUAGAACAGUCUGCUUUAAAACUCUUGUUAUUCCUUACUCUUGGACUACCUGUUUUAUCUGUAGCCAUGAUGUACUUUGUCCGGCCAUGUACACCAGCUUCUGGAGAGGACUCUUCGGAGCAUGCCCAUUUUCUCUUUACUCAAGCUUUUAGUGUCUUGCUCGCCUUCUAUCUUGUGACAAUCACGGUGUUAGGUGACGUGGUUUCCCUAAGUGAUGCUUUGUCAUAUGUUUUAGUUGCCAUAAUGGUUAUCCUUCUUCUGUCUCCCCUUGCUAUUCCAAUCAAAAUGACAUUUUAUCCAUCUAAUACUAGAAGCCUUGCCACACCAGAUGAUUCCUCUGAUAAUUUUGGUGUGUUAGAAAGUGACACAACUCAAACCGAUCCUUUGUUGACACCAUCUUCCUCAGCCGCAAAUCUAGGAAGCUUUUAUGAGAGCGAGUAUGGUUCAGAUGUGGAAAUACUUCUUGCUUUAGGGGAGGGGGCAGUGAAGAAAAAAAGGAGGCCUAAAAGGGGGGAGGAUUUCAAGUUCCGUGAAGCUAUCAUCAAGGCUGAUUUCUGGCUUCUUUGGCUUGUUUAUUUUCUUGGGGUUGGUACAGGAGUAACUGUUCUCAAUAAUUUGAGCCAAAUUGGAGUUUCUUUAGGCUGUAACGAUACAACAAUAUUGUUGUCUCUGUUCAGCUUUUGCAAUUUUGUGGGUCGUCUUGGUUCCGGUGCUCUUUCUGAACACUUUGUCAGGUCCAAGGCAACUCCUCGCACAGUGUGGAUGCUAUGUGCACAUGUAAUUAUGAUCCUGUCAUUUCUUUUAUAUGUUUUACCUUUCACUGGUACUCUCUACGCUGCGACUGCGCUGCUUGGGAUAUGCUAUGGGAUUCAGUAUUCUGUGAUGGUACCAACUACCUCUGAGCUUUUCGGCUUGAAACAUUUUGGUGUCAUUUACAGCUUCAUGGGGCUUGGUAAUCCCAUCGGUGCAUUUCUUUUCUCAGCUCUGCUUGCUGGUUAUGUAUAUGAUGCUGAAGCUUCAAAGCAAGGAUCAUCGACCUGUUUGGGUCCAGAUUGCUUCAGGCUCACAUUCCUGGUUUUAGCUGGUGUCUGUGGCUUGGGCGCCAUCCUUAGUGUAAUUCUGACCAUUAGAAUUCGACCAGUUUACCAAAUGUUGUAUGCUGGGGGUUCCUUCCGUCUGCCUCAAAGCUCAAACCACUAGCUGCUGGAGAUUUUGUUUUUAUAUAUAGAUUAUAAACCGAUCCAUUGGCUCUAUAGAAACUUGUUCAAAUAAAUUUAUUUCAGCAAAAUGGGGUUUCUUUGCGGCUUUGCGUUCCGAUAUGUUACUUGUUUACUGCGAUCUUGCUGAGAGAUAAGUAGGAUUCCCCCAUAUAGGCCUUUGUUGGUUUUGUGCCUUUUAGCUGUUUGUUAUCGGAACGAUUACUAUAGAAGACUUUUAAGGUUUUUGGGGAGAAAUGAUUAAAACUACACAUUCAAAUUGAUGUACCAUAAUUAGAUUUUGAUCCUAGUUUAUGACAAUUAUAUCGAUUCACAUUUCUGUGAUGAUACUUAUGUACUAUUAUUGAUAAUAUUAUGAUCAAACUUAUGUACUAUUAAUCUAUGAGGUUUCAGCUAUGAUUAUUAUUAUUAUUAUUGAAGCUCA